AAAAUUUUUUUUUUAAAUUUUCAUUUGUCUUUACUUGUCUGUGGCCAACGAUCUUCGCAUUAUAUGCCAUUUCCCAUCAAUUAAUAUAACUCAUAAAUUCGUCGUGUGAAUUGCCAAAAAUUGAAAUAAUUUUUUAAAUAAAAGCAGCAAGUGAAAACACAUCAAAAACACCAAUCUCAACACUCAAUCACGAAAUUACAAAAUGUUUUGGCUCUGCAGCGUGUCACUCUCAUUAUUGGAUUAUCGUUUGAUCGCAAUAAAUGCAUUGAUUUACGAUUUAAUUGCAGCGGAAAUUGUUCACGCAGCUACUGCCGUGACAGAAUUUGACAAAUCAGCAACACGAAUGCAGACAAUGCGCGGCGCGGCAACACCAAAAACAAUCACUGCCGUCGCAAAUGGAUUAUGGCAGCGACAAGAUGCACUUGAAAUGUCAACAGCAAUGAACAACAACAAAACAGCUGAGCUGACAUUUUUCGGCACAAAAGUGAGCGUUGAUGAGAGUGAUGGCGCUGAGAGUAGUAUGAACAACAGCAACAGCAACAAUAAUAGAAGAAAAAACAACAAUACCAGUGAGAGCAACAACCGCAUCUCUAAUCCACAAACAAGUAUUGCUGAUGGAGAAGUUAUAGCUUCUACCAUAACAGCUGUUGCUACUGCUGCAAUCCCAUCAGAUUUGAUCACUGCCGACAGUAAUCGCCGAAACGAAAACAAGGAUAACAACAAUAAGAAUAAUAACAACAAUAUCAGCAUUAUGGCAACGGUAAAUGAACGUGUUGACAAUUUUCGCAAUGACAAAAAGCAAACCAAACGCCAAAUCGAUACAAAGGUCGAACGAACGAUAGCAGCGAAAACAGUAGCAUAUGUAGCCAGAACAACAACAACAACAACAACAACAACAUCAACAACAGCAACAGAAACAACAAACAGCCAAGGAAGAACGAUAGCAGCAAAAGUCAUAACAGCAAUAAAAUCGCCAGCAAUGAAUUUCCUGACAUCAGUGUUGCCAACAAAAAUAACAACAGCAACAAAAAUAAAACUAGAAACACACGCAGCGAAGGUGAAAAGUGCAGAAUCAGCAACAGCUGCGGCAAGUGAAACGUCUGUAGUAGCAUUGAAAUCGGUCACAGCAUUAGCAGCAAUACCAAAAACAAUAACCACAAAAGCAACGCACGCAACAACACCGUGGCCAACAUUGCCCAGUCAUGAUUUAUUAUCGUCAACAAAUGGGUUGCCAAAUUGUCGUGGAAUAUUGGAGUUUGCUUUGGACAUUGGAGAAUGUCUUACUAAAACAAAUAAUAAUCAUACUCGCACAACAACAGCAAUAAUGUCAAUAACAACGGCAACUGCUGAAUCGACAUUUGCUCAAUCAUCGACAGCAACAACAACAAUCACAACAUUGUCCACAUCAUCAUCAUCAUCAUUGAUAUCAACAUCAACAUCAACGUUAUCGCCCAUUACAACGUUAUCAACGGCGAAGUUGCAGCCGGAAACGUCAGCGACGACAACAACACAUGUUACUGCAAACUUGACAGGCGUAAAACUUUCGCCAUCUAGUGCAAGCAACAACCACACCAAGCAUACAGUAUAUAUGACGACAAAAAAUACAGUUAACGCAACACCAAUGAAGUCCAGCGCAAUAAAGCGCUCUGGUCAUCGUCAGCAUCCUGUGCCUGCAGUACCAUGGAUAUCAACUACACCAACAACAGCAACAAAUAAUACAAUGCGUAUAUUGCGAAAUGCAGCCACAGCAACAACAAAGUUAACUACCGCAUUGCAAUCGCAAUGGCAACGAAUUCUAUCGCGUCGCAAGCGUUACCUCGCAUUUCCGGAGGGAGCCUCAUUUACCGUCUCUCUCUGCAUAACAGUUGGUAUUGUUGGCAAUCCCAAUUACAGCUACAUGAGUUUCGGCAUCAAUUGGGGUCUCGCGUAUGAUUUGCCCAACGCUACUUGGGUGCUCAAUCAGCUGCAUGGUCUUUAUCGACGACCGUUGCCUAUGGCGGUGCAUCAUAGACGCAGCAAGCGUGCCAUCUAUGAGCGAAUCGGUGAAGCUGUGGACAACAUGGGCUACAACGGACGCGAGUGUGUGUUGCGCGCUCUCUGCGAGAGUCGUCAGUAUUUUACACGCCAUAAAAUGGGCAUGAUCGGUGAAAUAUUGCGCGUUAUAUUCAGCUUACCAAAGCAACGUUUAUUCACUCGUGAGCUACAUGAGAAUUCCGAUAUUGCUGUCUAUGAUCAUGCCUAUCGUCAGGCUCGCUCACUGGAUUGUGCUGGUCAGUUCGAUUGUUCUUUCUCACUGCUUGAAUUGGCAUUUGGCAGGUAUUCGAAACCACAGGCUGAAUUCUAUGAUGGAAUGAAUAUGUGAAGAAAUAAAAUAUUUUCAAAAUCUUA